CGGUCACAAUAGCCCCGCUCGCAAUACAGAGCAACCUUCGAACGGAAACGCACGUACGAACAGUUAAAUAAAGUUCUAUUUAUAAAUUUUUCUACCUCAAAUUAAAUUUUAAAUCAAAAUAAGAAAAUGAAAAGUUUAUUCUUUGCCGUCGGGUUUGUGUGCGCGUUAGUUUCAGCGCAAGAGUUCGACUGUCCAGAGAAGAGUGGUUUCUACCCGGAUCCCUACCAAUGUGACCUUUAUUACAAGUGCAGUAAAGGUGUCGCGGAAACUAGACUGUGUCCUGACGGUCUGGUCUUCUCAGACGAGAACCCCAACAAGGAGCGAUGUGACAUCCCAUCCAACGUAGACUGCGGAGACAGGAAGGAGCUGCAGGAACCGAAACCAACUAAAGGCUGCCCCAGACAGAACGGAUAUUUCAAACAUCCCGACCCUCAGGCCUGUGACAAGUUCUACUACUGCUCGGACGGCACCCCCAACGAGAUGCCCUGCCCCCCCGGCCUCUACUUCGACGAGGAGACCUCCAACUGCGACUGGAAGGACGCUGUCAACAGGCAGUGUGAUCACAUCACCAAGGAUCUGUUGGACGACGGUUUCUCCUGCCCCGACGGUGAAGUGAUGGGACCCAACGGUCGUGCCCUCCCCCACCCAACCUUUCCCCACCCAGAAGACUGCCAGAAGUUCUACAUCUGCCGUAAUGGAGUCCAGCCCCAGAAGGGACUCUGCCCUCUCGGCAAGGUCUACAAUGAGGACACCUUCAUGUGUGAUGACCCUGAGAAGGUUCAGGGAUGUGAAAACUACUACGAGGGUCAAACUUUUGACAAGAGCAAACCGAAGAAGGCGUAAAGUGUGUCAUACUUAUUAAGAUAUUAGUUAUGUAAUUAAUAAAUAUUAAUAAGACA